UGCAGCUCAGCAGCAGAUGACUCUCUCCGCGUCUCCUUCGUUGUUUUCACAUCCACACGGCUCUCUGUUUACUCUCUGCGUCGUCAAAGUUUUAAUUUUGACUCAACUUAAGUACAUUUUUUAAGUUAAAGGAGCUGCACGCGCAUUAUUUUCAUGGCUCGACUUUGAACCGGAAACUGUGUCGGAUCCGAGCGGCCAGGUUUGAGCACAACUGUCCAAAGACUGCGAUGUCAUCAAAAAUGCAGAGCUCCAGUAGCAUCGCUCAGGCCAGACGGAUGGUGCAGCAGCUGAGGAUGGAAGCCAGAAUCGAGAGAAUAAAGCUAGAUCAGUGUGUGGACUCAUGUCUUUGCAGGUGUCCAAGGCCGUCAGACCUGAUGCGCUAUUGUGCAGAACACGCCAAGAAUGACCCGCUGCUGAUGGGCGUCCCCGCUUCAGAAAACCCCUUCAAGGACAAGAAGCCUUGCACUGUUUUGUAGGUCAAGUCUUGCUGCUUUCUUUCUCCACUCUUAUUUUUAAUUCUGUUCAUCUGAAGGCUGGUGCACCGCCCUUUAUAUUUUCACAUGCCGGCUGCAGCUCAGUGAACGUAUUGCAGACAACAGUUAGACCAAAGAGCAGGCAGAGUGUGAAGCUGUGGCCUGAGAGGAGCCGUGCACGGGAGAGCUCCUGACUCUCUAAUUACAGCGGUGCAAAUAAACAACCCCCCUCAAUCAUUGGUCCAAUCAGAUUUCAGCUUUUAGCUUUCACCUCUCCCUUUCAUCAGGCUUGCUUCAGGAAACAGUGGUUGGAGGUUGUGUUCUGCUGAUAAUGAGCACCCGAGAUAAUGAUAUCCUGUCGCCGGACAAGUAAACUGCGCUGUCCGUCACAUGAAGACAAAUAGAAAAGAGUCGAGGUCCGUUGCAGCUGAUGCACGUUCACUGCUUUGUGUUUCAAAAUCAGUCACAAUCAUAAAUUUAAAAAUAGGACUUUAAAUUGUCCCAGACAGGCAAGAGCAAUCAAAUUGUCCUGAUGUGUAUAAGUCAGAGACAAACAAUUUGCUUUAAACGUUGAUUAGAUUUUAAUUUUUCAAAUGUUGAGAGCUGAUUUUGUUACGAUGCUAUAGCUCAUUUAUGGUGCAGUUUCAGAAUAGCAGGAUAAAUUGACACUGAAUUUUUAUUUUUGGUUGUUACUUGUAACUUCAAGCUAGUUACAGUUUGGUUAUAUGACAAACUUUCAACACCAAUGCAGGCUAUUGUAGUAAAACUUCACCCCCCAAAUUCUGUUACAUAUGACAAGUGUGAUGUUUAACUAUUGCAGUUUUAAUACUGAAGGGUUACGUUCUCUUGACCAAGCCAUCUAUAUGUCUCUUUUACUACUUAUUUUCUUUGCAUUUGCCUUAAAAUUGAAUGUAAAACUCAGUCCAACCAUUUCUAAAACUGAAAUAUGUACAGAUAAAAGUAACGGUAUCAGCUUUUGAGAUCAUUGCACAUUGUGCAUGGCCAUUUGCAUGAGGUGUUCCUUAAUUUUAUAGCAACAAAUCAUCCAUCAUGGAUGGAAAAAAAACAAGACCAGUCUGUGCCAUCUUAUCAAAUAUAGCUAUAUACUGUCACUCUGUCUGCAGAGCUGAGGCGUAUUACUGUUGUAUUCAGGCACUUUGAGACCUGUUAACACCGUGUUAACACAGACGACUGUUACGCUGUUCGAAACAUUCCACGUUUACAGCUGCUUUAAAACUCGCUCUGACUUUAUUGCGACUGGCAGUGUGUAGCUGUGUCUUUAUAUCGUUUACAUGUCGGUGCUCAUGCAAAACAUGAGCAACUCAUUUUGCAAUUUUACCAGGCGGCGCCUUAAUAACGAAGCGAUCCAGCUUCAACCUCAAGUGCUGUUGUCUAAAUACUGUGAAUGAGGACGUGAAUGAGGACGACCCUCGCUGUAGGUGAAGGGAGCUCACUGUAGGCUGUUAACUCAAAAUGACUCAUGCUCAAUCAUGAAUUAUAUUAAAAUAGAUCUCAUGUGUCCAUAAACAUUGUAGCGCAGUAAAUAUAACCGUAAACCACAGUAUGUGCUUGCUUUUAACUGUUUGAUAUACUUUAUAGGAUUGUACUGAUUUAGUCAAACAUCAAGUUUGCAUUUCAGUUCUUGCAACAUUAAUUCAACUUUUUGAAUUAAAAUUGAGUGUGCUGUUUCGGUCGGUUUUUAUUUGUGGAUAUGAAUGUGUGUUUUUUGGUUUAAAAGCAGUUAAAAUGUGUGUGGCUUUUCACACCUGGUGAGUGUAGGUAGCAGCUUACUGUAUGUCAUGUUUGGCCUUUACCUUUUUGUGGUAAAUGCAAAUAAACCUACGGAG